GAUUUAGUCUAGCUCCAGCCCAACCGGAGGUCAUUUUGUCUAGGGUCUCCGCUCCGGUUGAGGGCGGCUGAGGACGGCUGAGGACUGCGGAGGAGCGACGCCGCUCCAGGAUAUGAAAUAUGGAAAGUCCAGACAGAAAAAGACAGAAGGUUUUAAAGGCCAAGAAAACAAUGCCUACAAGUUGCCGGAAGCAGUUGGAGAUCCUGAACAAGUCAAAGAAUGUUGAAGCUCCAAAAACAACAGUUGGAACUAAUAUUCCAAAUGGCCAUAAUCAGAAGAUGUUUUCAGAAAACAAAGAAAAUGUUAAGGUCAUGAAAACUUCAGAGCAAAUUAAUGAAAAUGCUUGUGAGGCUCUGGAAAGGCAUACAGCACUGCUAGAACAGGUUAAACAUUGGAUUCGACAGGAGAUCUGCAUGAUAAACUGUAAUUUAUUUGAUAAAAAACUGAGUGAAUUGAAUGAACGGAUUGGGAAGACCCAGUGCAGGAGUAAGCAUGAAGCAAUAGCUAAUGAACUCUUUGUAAAAAUAAGAAGACUUCAAAAACGUAUCAAAACAGUAUUAUCGUCUCAAGGAAAUUGUUUAGAAACAAACAUAUUACCUAAUAAUACAGUCUAUAAGAUUACAGAUUCAGAGGCUGUGAAUUUGAAUGUGACCCAAAAGUCAGUUAAAAAUCGAAGUAAAAAAAUGCCUUCUGUGAACCAUACCCCUUUAAACUCUUCAGAAAAAGCAAGUAAUUUGCCAUCAGCUUGUGUUGCGUUUGCUUCUGAAAGUAACACUGAUGAUGUUAUGUUGAUUUCUGUGGAAAAUCCUAAUUUGACAACUUCAAUUACGUCAGAUCCAACAGAAACUAGAAAAAAUACAUCAAAAAAUUUCAGCAACUCACCUAAUAGCAUGAUUAAAGUUGGGCCUGUAGAGAAGAAAUUUGAUUUUGUUAUUGACUUGACAAGAGAAGGCCUGUCCAACUACAGCAUAGAAAGCCCAUCAUUCACCCUGAAGUCAACUUCGAAAGCUGUUUUAAGAUCAAAAGAAAUAAUCCCAGUGGCAGAAAAUGGAAAUGAGGAUUUGGGUUUAUUUGAACACCUUCCACCUCUCCCAGAGCCACCCGCACCACUCCCUGAGAUGGCAAACAAAAUCCAAGACACACUUCCUCCCCAAAAGCCUGAGCUGAAAGUGAAGCGAGUGCUGAGUCCCACAAGCAUUGCCCUGACAUGGAACAUUCCCAAGGUCAACCCCAAGUGUGCUCCCGUGGAGAGCUACCACCUCUUCCUGUGCUAUGAGAACUCUGAUCAUUUGGCUUGGAAGAAAAUUGCAGAAAUUAAAGCUUUACCACUCCCGAUGGCUUGCACCUUAUCUCAAAUUUUAGCUUCUACAAAGUAUUAUUUUGCUGUCCAAUCAAAAGACAUUUUUGGGAGAUAUGGACCAUUUUGUAAUAUCAAAUCUGUUCCUGGGUUUUCUGAAAUCCUUUCCUAAAAGUCCUCAGUAAUUUUAUGUUGUAUACAUGUCAUGUUUUCUUAUUUGAAUGUUUUGUUUACAGUGUUUAACUGUACAUUGUAAUAUCCCAUGUUGCAGUUUGUGAACCCUCUGUUUGGGGACAGUCUUACAUGUAUUGUGAUCGUCUUGGAAUUUUGUGUGUUUCUAAUUUGCAUUCAAUAUAUACUUAUCUGUGUUUUCAUAUGUAUUCUAUCAUGGACCCAUGUUGCCACUAUAUGUCCUUAUGGUGGCUAUAGAAUUGCUACUGUGUCUGAAGCCCUCAGGUACAAGGAGACACUUUUCCCAUUCUUUUUUUUUUUGUUUGUUUGUUUGUUGUUGUUGUUUUUAUUUUGUUUAUUUUGUUUUGUUUUUUUUUUUUUUUUUUUUUUUUUUUGGUUUUUUGAGACAGGGUUUCUCUGUUUAGCCCUGGGUGUCCUGGACCUCACUCCGUAGACCAGGUUGGCCUCGAAUUCAGAAAUCCACCUGCUUCUGCCUCCCAAGUGCUGGGAUUAAAGGUGUGUGCCACCACUGCCUGGCCACUUUUCCCAUUCUUGACAAUCAGCUAUAAGCAAAACCAACCAUUUGCCAGAGGUAGGUCAUCCUUGAAUGUAUCUCUGCCAUAUCUAGUAUACAGAAAUUCUUUCCUGUUGUUUUUAUUCUAAAGCAUGCUAUUGAUUUGUACCCUUUGUCUUUGUUUUUGUUUGGCUGGCAAUCAUUUGAGAGAAAUAGCUUGGAUGUUUUGCCUAAAUAGCACAAUUUGUUAGAUCAGGCAUUGUGGGACAUGCCUCUAAUGCCAGGACUUGGGAGGCAAAGGCAAUGCCAACUUGAUCUACAUAGAAAGUUCCAAUCCAGCCAGAGCUACAUAAUGACAGGCUGUUUCAAAAAAAAAUGAUUCUGUUAGACUCUGUGUACUAUGAACAUGAAAAUGCACAGUGCUUCAUAUAAAAAAAUGUCAUUCAACCUGCUAUUUCAGCCAUAGAGUUAUUCUCCCAGACUUGAGGCUUUAAUUCGUUGAUUCCUAAUUACUCUGAAUACCUCCCUUUGCCAAUUUCCUGGCUUCUAUCAGAACUCAGAGAACAUAACACUAAAGGUUCUAAUAGAAGAACCCUAUGCAUACCUUGCACUGAAGUGAAUGUAGUACAAGCAGUUCAGGAGAGACUUGAGAUGCCUUAAGUCACCACCCAAAAGAAACAGACUAGAUAGCUAGUUACUGGGAUGUUAAAAAGCAAAACUGAAUCAUGAUUUUCAAGUACGGUACCCUUCUGGAAUACAGUGGAAGUUCUGAGAUAUGAUCAAGAAACCGUUUUCCUUAGUAUUUGAGAUGACUCCAUCUUCACAAAUAAAGCUGUUUCUUUAUGAAACAUGAGUUAAUCAGGUGUGGUGGCAUAUAGAAAUCUUAGUUCUUGGGAGGCUGAUGCAGAAGGAUUGUGAAUUCAAGGGCAGACUGGUCUGUAUAGCUUGUGAAAGAAGCAGGUUUGGGACUAGCAUGGUGGUACAUGCCUUUAAUCCCAAAACUCAGGAGGCAGAGCCAGAUAAAGGCUAGCCUGGUCUACAUAGCAAGUUCCAGGGCAGCCAAGGCCACAUGUCAAUUACCUGUCUCAAAGAACUAAAGGGGAAAACUGUUUCCAGAUGUAGUCACCUGCCUGUUUUCAGGCAUUUUGUAGUGGAUAGCAAGAGUUGAGGUAACUGUGUAUAUCAGCAGUAUAUCUGGAAAGCUAACAGGAUCACAGGAUGCCCAGAGGAAGGCUACCAUCCGACCUUUUAGGGGUAAACAUUGCUGGGUUUUGUCCUUUCAAGGAACAUUUCUGCCACACAGCACAGAAAACUAAUACCCCAUAAAAGUUGCCUGUACUUGUAGAUAAGACAAAAAUGCUUUUUCCUUCAGACUUGCCAAAAAGCCAACAUUGAGAAUGUUGAGUAAUGGCAGCUGGUGGCUCAGAGUCCGAGACCCAGGCCUAUACAAUUGCCAAUAGAAGAAAAUGACUUAUUGCAACGUCCUAUAUAGCUUUAGAUUUGUGAAGGCUUAUAAAAAUAACAUUUUGACACAUCUUUUUUUAGAUGAGAAAAUUAUGCCAGAAUUCAUAGAAGUCAUAGGCACUAACCCCAUAAAAAUUCAAGAUUCAAUGCCAAGGGCCUGGUUCCUAGGUCCAUAAGGUGUAUGCCAUAGUGAUAGGGAUGGAUAGAUGGAACAAGAUUUACACAUCAUCUUUUCUGCCUUAGGGUCCCAUGUUAAAAGCCCAGCUACAGAAGCUGAAGUAACAAUGCAAGUCUAGUAUAUGCUGUGUUCUAUAGAACAGUAGCUCUCAACCCCUGGGUUCCUACCCCUUUGGGGGUCAAAAGAACUUUCACAGGGGUCACCAAAGACCAUUGGAAGAAAAAAUAAAGAUGGUGGCCACCACUGGCACCUGCUGUGGAGCUCCAAGGAGUCUGAGGAACCCAUGGAGGUUCUGACGGGUCACUCAGCACUGAAAAUGGGUCUGCAGGCUCACAAUAGCACUGGAAUAACUAAGUGGGGGUGAGGCUAGUCUUCUAGGAAGAUGCUUUUAAAAAGUGGUCUCAUGAAAUCUGAAAGAGGAUGGAACAGAGCUGCACAUGCCAGAGAAUGACAAAUGUGUACCCUUCCUAGUUUCUCAAGGCAAGGAGGUGUGUAGCAGCCAGGAGGCUCUCACUGAACCUGUCCCUGGAUACCCUGCCUAACUGCAAUACUACCCUGACUCUGGGCAACAGCAGGAUAUCAGAGAAAACUCUCAGCAGUGGAUAGUAUAGUAGUUAUGGUGCUUCAGAGACCUUGAACCAGACCAACUCCUUGGAAUAGAUAUUUGCGUGUAAAGCUGCAAAGAACCAUACUGGGUGACACACUGUAGUUUCCAAUCCCACUACUAUGCAGUAGUAAUGACUAUGCAAUAGAGAGGUGGGAGGGAUUGAGGAACAGAGCAGUAAGUGUACAGUGAAGACAGGCAGAACUAGAAAUGUGACAGGUGUGAAAGAAGGCUGUGAGUGGCCUUGCUGAGUCGGGCCACCAGGUUGGUGUGCAGCAGUCUGGAGCUUGUGUGGACUCAGCCCCUGAAUACACUGCCCAGUCAUACAACUGUUCUGGUUCUGAGCAACAACAGAGUGUCCAAGAUAAAGAAUGGCUCAUUUUCUGGGUUGGAUCUCCUAGAAAGACCUCCAUGGAUUGCUGCCCUAAGAGGCCGUGUUGGUAUCCAUAGUCCACUGCUCAGGUCAUCUCAAAGCCCAAGGUUUGUGUGGAUGUCUGUGGUUCUACAGUAGCUGGGGUCUGUGUUGGUUCUCUGGCCUUUGCCCACUGCCUGAAGCCAUGUUUAUGUCAGUGGGCCAUGCUGUUACUAGGUGCUAAGUUGAUGUCCUUGGUUUCAGUUGCUCCCAAUAGCCAUGAUGGUGGUACUUUUACUGGGUACCAUGUUGGUGUCCUUGGUUUGCUGCCAAGGGUGUUCAUGGCCAGUGCUGCAGCAGAAAGCCAUGUUGAUGUCUAUGUUUAUAGUGACACCAGAGACCAUGUGGAUGUCCGUAGUCCAUGCUGUCACAAAAAUGAUGUGUAAGUCCAUGAUUGAUGCUCCUGCUGACUAUAAAGGACAUGGAAACUACUUUUGCAUUGGCUUCAAUGUCUGCAGACUCACAGCUGAGGAAGAGGGACAUAGAAGGCUUCUGUGACAACCCCUAUCCCCCUCCCUGCAAAAAAUAUAAAAGCCUAAACAGGAGGUUAUCAAAAAGAACUCUUAAAAAUUGUGAUAAGAAUGCUGAAGUAUAUUCCACACUUAAUAGCGUCUGGCAGGUGUGUUGGUGGGAAAGAACUCAUUUUUCUUUAAGGAGCUGCCCACCAUGCUCCAGUGAAUAUGUGGACAACACAAAAUUGGACUCCUCCUCCUCCUCCUCUGUUUUCUUGCUCAAGGGUUGAGAGGUACCUAGGAGGACUGGGAAGUGAAGGUUCAUGGGGUGAAAUUCCCAAAUAAUAAAAAUAUUAUGUAAAGACCAUCAGAAAACAUUUACAUUAUAAUUUAUAACAGUAGCAAGAUUACAGUUAUGAAGUAGCAACAAAAAUAAUUUUAUGGCUGAGGGACACCACAUGAGGAAGGUUGAGAACCAUUCUGCUCUGGAAGAACAGAACUGAUUGAAUGUGGGUAGCAAAAGGAUUUAUUAGAUUGGCUUACUUGGCACAAACUAGGUAAUAACAGCCAUGGAGAGGCUGGUGCAGUCCCCACCAGCUCUGUACAAAGUGCCUUGUUCUAGUGGUACCUAGUGGGGUUUCCUGUAAUAGUAUUUGGGAGGCUGCGACAGGAUGAUUCUGUUCCUGUGUUACAUAGGCUGAGUCCCAACCUAUUUUUUAGUUCUGUAGCCUCAGUUCAUCCCUGCUGCACGAGGGAAUCUCACGGUGACUACUGCUGUGGGGAACUGACUGGGACAGUGGGCUGCCAGGCUACCCUUGGAAAGUAUUAAAUCAAUUAAUUAAAGCCAAUGAUACUUAUCUCAGGCUUGAGCAACUUGAUUCAUCUUUCUGUUUCUCCUUUUUCUCUGUUAAACCAGCUUCUGGGUUUUGUGUUUGUUUGGUUUGGUUUGGUUGGUUGGUUGGUUGAGUUUUGGCUUGGUUUUGGGGGUUUUUUGGGGGGGGCUGUUUUUUGAGCCUAGCUUUUUCCCUUCUCUCUUGCCUUCUCCCUUUCUCUUUUCUUAAAUUAACAGGUUCUACUGAAUGAGACUUGAAACAUUGACUGGAUACACAGUUGCUGUAGUAAGUUCUAACUUAAUGGUCCCAGCCUCCAUUUUAGAUGCGGUUUGACUUUCUCAUACCAGAAGCAGACUGUAGUUAUCCUUAAUGAGGAUGUGAAUCUCCACUUACUCAUAGUGCCUCAGUGUGGUCUAUUUGUCUGUUCUAUAUAACUGCUUCCCAUGACCUCUGUUUAUAUGAGAUAACAAGGUACAACUGGAUUGAUGGGCCCUACAUCUGUAUGAACUGCGUAGAUGCUCGUGGCAGUCACGGUCUCUUUAUAUGACCUAUAGAGCUUGAAAGCCACCUGUCAGAAGCCUUUCAGGGAACCCUUUCAGGUAACAUUCUGGACACCAAGUGAAGGCUUUAGUCCCUCUGAAUUUACAUUCCCUUGCCACCCACUGGAUGAGCACCCUGCUGUCUCCUGACAUCAAGUCCUGUGAUUACCCCUCUUCUCUCACAGACCUAUGAAUAAUAAAAUGUUUCUGUUUUA